CUGGGGUGUAUUGGGAUUAAUCUAAUUGUAUGUGAUCAUGGAGGAAACAUCAACGACAGAACAGCACACAUCUUCACACCAAUAGAAAACAACCACAGAAGAAAAUGUUCCACUUGACUGUCCAAUCGCUGCUUAUUCUUCCUUUAAUGGAAAUGUCUGCGCAGGUCAUGAUAACUGUAAGUGAGUUCUGUUUCGCUGUCUUUUAACUCUCAAUCGUCUUCACACAUGGGCGGGCUGCAUAUUUUUCUGGUCCUCCUCUCAGGAGUUCUUUCUUGCCGUCAUGAUUUAGUUUCUGGAUCCUUGUUGAAGGUGAGAGUCAGAUCAGGAGACAACAUCACUCUCUACUGUGACUGCAAAGUAUCAUCUGGAGAACACACAGUAUGGUACAGGAACUGCUCUCAUGAGAAUCAGCCUUCUCUCAUACUAAAAGUAAAAGAAUUAUUUACUGGAACUGCCAAGAUUCCCCCUCGUUUCCAAUUCGUAAAAAACUUUACUUCUGGCUCCUACAACCUGCUGAUCACGAACAUCACUGAUUCUGAUGAGGGCCUCUACUACUGUGGAACUGAGCAGAAAAGAGUGGAUUAUGAAGAAUACAUAACUCAGAAAUCUGUUUACAGAUAUGGCAACGUCACAACUAAGAUCAUAUUGGAUUCCAACUCAUGCCCUGACUCCAGUGGGUGCAUUUCUAACCAUAUGAUCGCUGUGUCCUGGAUGAUGUCGCUCACUCCAGCCUUCACUAUUUUCUCCUUAAUCUCCUUCAUUUUGGUUUAUCACUUCUGUCAAAGAACAGUUAAGGAACCUCAAAUUCUCCGGAAAAUACCUGACACCAGCGGACAAACAAGACGGGAUCAGGAUGAAGAUGUGUUUUUGACAAAAGUUAUGUUCCAGUCUAUGGAUGGAUGAACACGACAAUGAGCAGAGGAUGGACGGCUCAAGUACAUUUGUUUAAUUCAAGCAGAAACUAGAAUUAAAUUAGUUAAAAUUCAAAAGCUUCAAAUUCAGGUAUAUUGUUUUAGUUGUCAUCUCCUCUUGUUGUUGUCCUUUGGUUGAAGACACUGCUCAAGCAAGUAGUGAUUUGUGGCCAAACUCUUAUCAUGUUUAUAAUCAAUCAGACGGCAAUAAUCGCUUUCUUCCUCAACAUAUUUACAUUUUCACAUCCUUAAAAUUUACAUUUUGAAUUGUAACUUUGUCAACAUAUUAAGCUAGUGUUACACUGAUUUACAGCUUCUUUUUUUUAUUUUUUAUUCAUUAACAUCAAGUAGGCUAUUACAAUUAACCAUUAGUUUUACAUGUAAAAUAUGUAUCUGUCAUUGUUAUUACAUUUCAAAA